AUGCAGCCUGCUUCUGCAAAGUGGUGUGAUCGAAGGGACUGUGUCUUCACUGAAUUUUGUGUUGAAGACAAUAAGGAUGUUAAUUUGAAUUUUGAAAAAUCCAAACUUAUAUUCACUUGUCUUGGAGGAAGUGAUAAUUUUAAGCAUUUAAAUGAAACUGAUCUUUUUUACUCUAUUGAUCUAAAUGAUUCCAUGCAUAAAAGAACGGACGGAUCAAUUUUAUGUUGUUUACGAAAAGGAGAAUCUGGCCAGUCAUGGCCAAGGUUAACAAAAGAAAGGGCAAAGCUUAAUUGGCUUAGGAUGAUGAACAACAUGGGUGGUGAUGAGGAUGUAGAUUUACCAGAAGUAGAUGAAGCAGAUGAUGAGUCACAAGACAGUGACAAUGAAAAAGUGCCAGAUCUGGAGUGGAGUAAGAAAUAUUAUCAUCACCUGGAUUUUGCGAAAGAAAAUAACUUCUCUGCAAGAUUUCAUAACUGAGAGAAUUCCUGAGUUGAUAGCC